AAUGCCUCCAUUAGUGAGUCUUUCCGUUCAAUUGUUAACAAUUGCUGCGACUAUUCUGAGAAUUAAUAUAAAUCACGAGUCCAUCGAAACCCCACACAAUCAGCUCAAUAAUGUUUACGAUUUUAUAAUUGUUGGCUCGGGUUCUGCCGGUGCUGUCAUUGCUAACAGAUUGGCAGAAAACCCUGCCGUAAGUGUACUGCUUCUGGAGGCUGGAGGGCCUACGAGUGUCCAAAACGAUAUACCAGCCCAGGCGUCAACGGGUCUGCUCUUCAAUUCAGAGUAUGACUGGAACUAUACUCUAACGCCUCAAAAAUGUGGACUCAGUUACCAAAACGGUGUGAUCGUCGAAAACAGAGGUCACGUAAUUGGCGGCACUUCUUCUUUCAAUACAAUGAUUUUCAAUCGCGGAAACCCUAAGACUUUUGACAUUUGGGCCAAAUAUUUCGGUGCCGAGGGCUGGAGUUUUGAUGAAAUACUGCCUUAUUUUACAAAAUACGAACGCAAUUUAGACCCACUGUUGGCCAACAAUGGAUUUCAUGGCACUUCAGGUCCGGUGGAGAUCAGCUCGUGGGCACAUCCGCCUCCACUCGUACUUUUGCAUCAAAAGGCUGCAAAUGAACUCAAUAUUGCCAACACUGAUGUAAACGGCGCCAACCAAUUAGGGACUCAAAUUUUACAGGCUAUGAUUGACAGCAAAGGCAGAAGGUCCAGCACUUCCAAUGCCUACAUCGAUCCCAAUCCAUAUCCACAUAACCUGCAUAUCCUUCCGCGAGCAUUAGUUACUCGCAUAUUAUUUAAAGAUAAAACAGCUGUUGGCGUCCAGUUUGUCAGAUAUGGCAACCAAUAUAAAGUGAUGGCCAGUAAAGAGGUGAUUGUUAGCGCAGGAGCUAUUAAUUCGCCACAACUGCUUAUGUUGUCGGGAGUGGGACCUCAGGAACACUUGCAUCAAAUGAAUAUACCUCUAGUUAACGACCUUCCCGUAGGAGACAAUUAUCAAAACCAUUUGGGAGUUUCCAUCAAUUUUUUGAUUAAAGAAAAAUAUUACGAUCUGUUGAGUGUUGCCGGACAGAUGACUGUCCCACAACUGCACGACUUCCUCGCCAAUAAGAUGGGACCCCUCACCGAACACUACCGAUUAGGCGUCUACUAUAACACUCAUAAUAAUGAUGACAAACUUCACCCAAACACCAAUUGGGAAACUGGUUUAUAUCUGUAUCCCACAAACCUAACAGAUGUCCGAGCAUUUGUGCACGAGGACCGACAUGCUUGGGAUUUGUAUAACAGCAGAUUCUUAGGCAGAUAUUACUUUUUUGUGCACCCAAUCCUUCAACGAGUGCGAAGUCGGGGUCAAAUCCGUUUGGCGUCAAACAAUCCGCUGUAUUACCCGUUAAUUGACGCCGGAUUCCUAACUGAUGCCCAAAACUUAGAUUUGCAGGACUUGGUUGAAGUGAUUAAAGCCGCCUUUUUCUUCUACGAACGCUCAUCAAUAGCUCAAUAUCUAGAGCCCGGAUCUCCUAUUCCUGGCUGUAAAUUCUGUGCCGACAAACAAUACGUAUAUGAAUGCGAUUCUUAUAUCCGCUGUUUGAUAGAGCAAACGGCUUACGCCUGUUAUCAUCCGGCGGGCACCUGUAGGAUGGGUGACGUCCACAGACCCGAUGUGGUGGUCGACCCCCGAUGUCGCGUCAAAAACAUGCAGGGCUUACGCGUCUGCGACGCCUCUAUAAUGCCUCUACUAAUGAAUGGAAACACAAACGCCGGUGCGAUCAUGAUCGGCGAGAAAUGUGCCAUGCUCAUUAAACAAGACAAUCAUGUC